AGCAAUAAAACAGGAAAUGUCGAGUUUUAGAGAAGCAAUGGAUUUCUUCAAUAGACAGUAUGAAGACCUCAAGAGCAUAGUGGAAGAAAAAUCUACUGUUAUAUGCAAACUCGAAACCGAUAAUGCCUUGCUUCAAUCCACAGUUACAGAUCUGUCCAAUCGACUAUGUGCAGUGGAGCAACACAUGAGGGGAUCUAAUUUGGAAAUUAAUGGAAUUCCAGAGCAUCGCACUGAAAAUCUAGUUAAUACCGUGAUACAACUAUCUAGAUCCAUUGACAACCCAGUGAGUGAAGACGAUAUUCUUCAUACUACACGUGUAGCAAAACUUAUGAAGCAGAAUGACAAGCCUCGCACUGUUAUAGUUAAAAUGCGCAGUCCACGUCUUCGAGACUCCAUACUUGCCGCAGUAGUUAGGUUCAACAAGAAGAACGCGACUGACAAGUUGAACUCACAUCACUUAGGACUAGCUGGAACUAUAACACCGGUUUUCGUUGCUGAACAUUUGACUCCCAACAAUGAAGCGCUGCACGCUGCCACGCGUAAAAAAUGCAAAGAUGUGAACUUCAAAUUCGUUUGGGUCCGCAACGGACGUAUUUAUGUUCGAAAGGAUGAGUCAUGUAGUGCAAUUACUAUUCGCAAUAUGGACAGUUUGAAGCUCCUAACGUAACCAAUGUUGUUAUCUUAUUUUUCAAAUCUAUUUUACGGAAAAACUGCGAUAUAUUAUUGUUUUAAAAUUCAAUUCUCUCAAUAUUUAUUAUCAAAACGUUCGAGGUAUUCGGACGAAGACGAAUUAUAUUUACAAUAAUGUGCUGCAAUCCAAGUACCAUUUUAUAGCAUUUACAGAAACUUGGCUGAACUCAAACAUAAAAGAUAGUGAAUUUAUUGAUAAUAGGUACAUUGUGCACCGCCGCGAUCGUUCAAGCGUUAACAACCCAAAAAAGAAUGGAGGCGGAGUCCUUCUGGCCCUGGAUCGUAGCAUUCCGUCAACUCGUGUCGAAACUUGGGAGAGCGAUUGCGAGGAUCUAUGGGUUAUUGUUGACCUAAUUUUUACAAACUCUGUUAGAAAAGUCGCAAUUUGUGUUGUGUACCUACCUCCGCCAAUACAUUUAGCAACUCUCAAUAAGUUUAUUCAUAAUGUAAACAAUGUUAUGGCUGCUUUUGAUAAUGUUUUAAUUAUAGGCGAUUUUAAUUUAAGCUUUAUUAAAUGGUCAUCUAACACCGAAUAUUCUUACACUAUACCAAGCAAUUAUAACAACUCUUUAGGAUAUCCAUUUAUUGAUUUCAUGUCGUUGAAUAAUCUGUAUCAGUUUAAUAAUGUAAUGAAUGUAAAUAGUAAAACAUUAGACUUAGUCCUCAGCAACCUACCAAAUAUAGUAGUAGAAGAAUCAACUGACCCCCUUUGCAAUGUUGAUAUUCAUCACCCUUGUAUAAAUGUGUGCAUAAAUUUAUUGAAAUUAAAUCAAUCCCUAAAUCAUAGAAGCAAUAAUUUAAACUACUUCAAAGCCGAUUACACAAAUAUUAAGGCCGAUUUGAAACUUGUAGACUGGAUUGCAGCAUUUUCUGCUUGUAAUGACGUCGAUGCAAUUGUAUCAGUGUUUUACCAAUAUAUUAAUGACAUUAUAAAUAAAUAUGUACCGAAACACAAAAAUAAUAAACAAAAGUAUCCACCCUGGUUUAGUUACGCACUAAUUAAACGACUUUCUGAGAAAGAUAAACUAAUGAAACAA